AUGUCAUCUGUCCUGCUGUAUGGAUGGUGUGAGCAGGUUAAAGGGACAUAAAGCAUGUCCCCUGGGGUCCCACCCCUUUCCUUACUCCUCCUCCCACAGUAUGAUGUUCAGUGAAGGAGCCAGGCAGCUGCUUAUACAUUGCUAAUCCUAACCCCCUUCUAGUCCUACCCAGCAAGGCUGCUCUGUGGAAGCAUUUCUCUCCAAGCAGCAGCAACACAUCCCUCCCCUGUAUCAGAAUCUGCUACAUAUUAACAGCCACAGUCUGCAUAGACCUCUGCACCGCCUGCUAGACACUGCUCAUAACCUGCCUCCUGCCCUCAUCACAGCCACACAGCCACUAAUGUAAUGUAAUGGGGUCCUCUCCUCCUGGGGGCAGCUAGAAGAACAGGAAUUGAUUGCCCCAGACAGCAGGACCCUCCCAGUCACCCACCACCAUGGUGUCUUGGAUCAUAUCCAGGCUAGUUGUGCUGAUAUUUGGCACUCUAUACCCUGCGUAUUAUUCAUACAAGGCUGUGAAAUCCAAGGAUAUAAAAGAAUAUGUGAAAUGGAUGAUGUACUGGAUCAUAUUUGCACUUUUUAUGGCAGUAGAAACGUUUACAGACAUUUUCCUCUGUUGGUUUCCAUUUUAUUAUGAAUUGAAAAUAGCGUUUGUGGCCUGGUUGCUGUCUCCUUAUACGAAAGGGUCUAGCCUUCUGUACCGGAAAUUUGUGCACCCAACGCUAUCAUCAAAAGAAAAGGAAAUCGAUGAGUGUCUAAUCCAGGCUAAAGAUCGGAGUUACGAUGCUUUGGUUCACUUCGGGAAGAGAGGACUGAAUGUCGCAGCCAGUGCUGCAGUAACAGCAGCUGCCAAGGGACAAGGAGCGCUGUCUGAAAGACUUCGGAGCUUUAGCAUGCAAGAUCUCUCGACCAUCCGUGGGGACACACCUUCACCGGUCACAGUGCGGGCAGCAAGCAGCAAGAAUGCCAAGUCAAAACUUAGUAGAAGUGCAACGCAGACCUCCGAGGCCUCAGUUUGUACGUGCUGCUCGGUGGCUAAAAUCCUCAGAGUUGUUGAGGUUGAAGUGGAGGAGGAGCCAGAAGUGACCUCUAAGGCAAAUUAUGAGCUAAAAGAAGUGAUUUUAGACGAUGACGAAGAGGCCAAAGAUUUUGUUGUGCUGGAUGCAAGGGCCAUAAAUAACCCAACUGGGAAGAAGGACCGGCCUCUGGAGAGAGUGGAGACCAACGAUGCCCUGACCCACAGACAGAGUAAUAAAAGACACACAGGAGAGGUGGAACAGAAAAUCACUCAACCUCCAUCGAAAGCUAUGUCGGUGAAGAGGCAAGAGGAGACAAGGACCAGAGUGAGCUCAAAAAAGCCACAGUAACGUGUUUUAACCAUGAGACUGCUGGUUAAUCCACCACCCAGGGUCCGUAAACAUCGAUUCAGGAAGAAAAGUACAUCUGCCUCAUACACGGAAACUGUGUGAGCCCCACCUUCAUCAUCAAGAUCACCAGAAUGUCCCUUAACUGCCUUAAAAGAAGCCACAGGGUGGUGUCACCUUCCCAGCCCCAGCUUUCCCAAAAUAUAAAUAUACAUUUUUAGAACAUAGAACCUCUUUGAAAAGGCUAAGCUUGAACUUUGUAGCUUUAUUUAAAUUGUCUACUGGCCUACAGCAACACAUCAGUCUCGCUAGAAUUGACGUGUCUGAUUUGGAACACCUGAUAAAUCGAAACAUUAUCCUCUCUACUGAUAUUCUCCUAGCCUGUGGUAAUCAAUAUGGAAACUUGAUGUACAGUUUAUUGGUCACUCUUGCCCCAUUCAGUUAAUCAAUGACCGGAUUAAUGAGUCCAUUAAUGUAUUUAAAUUUUUUUUUCAGUUUUUGUGUUUUUGUUUUUAUUUAAAAAUUGAGAGGCAAGGGACACCUGUAGCAUAUGUCCUAAACUGUAAACUGUCCAGUGACCAAUGAUCACAAUGGAUUGGCCCUCAGACUUGGUGAUUCCCCCAUUUGGGGCCUGUGCUCUCUAAUGGAAUUAUUUAUGAAGUAGCCAUGUACUUUUCCCCCCAAAAAAACACACGUUUUUUAAAAAUUCUGUCUGUACUUGCUGGAUAUUUUAUUUUGAUGUGUCAGUAUGUGUUGUGUCCAUAUGUGUUUAUAUAUAGCGCCGUUUAGGCCGUAUUUUCAUUAGAUAUCACAUCAGGAAUCCAUGUUCGGUAAGUCACUGAGAAUUAACACAACAGAAAGGAAAAAGUUCAUUGGAUAAAAGAAGGAAGGGAAAAGCAUUUGUUUCUGUUGAUUUUUUUAUUUUUUUUGUUUAAUAUUCCUGAUGAUCAGGUAUUUUGGAUGCAUGGCGAGUGCUUGUUCUGUUGGCACAUGGUCCAUAAUUAAAUGCCAGAGAAUUACCAAACUUUGACUCAAGUUAUACUAAGUUUUGUUAUAUAAUAGCACAUCAUCUGUGUGAAGACACCAGGCAUUAUUAGAAGGUAAACUUGGGAGAGGAUCUGUGUAGGUGUUCUCAAAGAAAUGAUAGAGAUUGGGACAAUUUAUAGGUUCUCCAUACAGGUGGACUUCCUGAAAACUUGUACUUCCUUUGGCCCAGCUAUGGCUUAGCAGGCUGGGAAACGUAGUCUUCAACAGCAAAUUUUACCUUUGUUUCUUGCUAUCUCGUCUGGUCUGAACCAGGUUAAAUAUUAGAAACCAUGCCUAGCUCUGUCUUAGUCUAUUCUUGUUGGGGAUUCCUUGCUUACACCUUCACUAUCUUGAUGUUUUUGUCUGUUCACAUUAACGAUGUUGAUAAAUCACAUUCACCAAUGGACAGUUUUGGGGUAUGAAGGGUAUAAACUACAAGACAUAUGUAUUUCUAUGGGCAUUAUAGCCUGCACUGAGUUGUGUUCCCACAGCCCUCCAUAAAUACACCAUGGUAGCUACUCAAGAGCACUAUGCACAUUGAACCGUAUAGACUCCUGGCCAAGGUGCAGGUGACAUCAAAUCUGACUGUGUUGUAAGAACUAGCAUGGAGACAGAGGGAACUUAAAUUAGGUUUCUGGUUUUUUUUUAUUCUUUAUUUAGGUACCGGCAGAAAUACCGAAAAAUAUCACAUGUAUACACACAUGUACAAUGUAUGUCAAUACAGCUUAAAAUAUUCACUAUCUCCAUACUGUCAGUUUUACCCAUUCUAAAACCAUGCCAACAACCCAGUAGGAAAUAAGUGAUAGAAAGAGAG